GGGACCCAUAUUGACGGCCUGAUUUUCCUCCGACCUCUUUGUCGCAUCACACGCGUUUAGGAACUCCAUUCUCAAGUGUUAGCCCUUGAAAAAAACAGUUGCCCACAGUUAAUCAUGUGCCUUUGGUGCUACAUCGUCUUCACGAGGAUUAUGAAUCCUCCAGCCUGCCUGUGCUACUAGAUGAGCGGAAAACUCUGAUGUGACAAAGUGCCCACAGGGGUUGCCCUUGAUUCUUGUGCUUUGUAGCGUUUCCCAGCUUUUCACAUCUUCUCUGCAUUUAAGUUGGGAAAAUGAAGCAGUUGAAAAGGAAAAGGAAAAGCAAUUUUAGUGUUCAAGAAACUCAGACCCUUUUGAAAGAAAUUACAAAACGGAAAGAAGUCAUUUUUUCCAAGCAGCUCAACACCACGAUCAACGUGAUGAAGCGGAUGGCCUGGGAGGAGAUCGCGCAGUGUGUGAACGCCGUUGGGGAGGGCGAGCAGAGGACAGGGACGGAGGUGAAGAGGAGGUACCUGGACUGGCGGGCGCUCAUGAAGAGGAAGAGGAUGAAGGCGAACAUUAAGCUGGUUGGCUCGGGGUUUCCGCUUCCCACGUCCGACCUAGACGACUCUCUCACCGAGGAGAUCGAUGAAAAGAUUGGAUUCCGCAAUGAUACGAAUUUCGAUUGGCAGAACGUGGCGGAUUUCCGGGAUGCAGGUGGAUCCCUAACUGAGGUCAAAGUGGAAGAGGAAGAAAGAGAUCCCCAGAGCCCCGAAUUUGAGAUUGAGGAGGAAGAAGAAAUGUUGUCCUCCGUCAUACCGGAUUCCAGGAGGGAAAACGAACUUCCUGACUUCCCCCACAUCGAUGAAUUUUUUACUCUGAACUCAACACCGUCGAGGUCGGCCUACGAUGAGCCCCAUUUGCUGGUGAACAUAGAGAAACAGAAGCUGGAGCUGGAGAAACGGCGCCUGGACAUCGAGGCGGAGCGGCUGCAGGUGGAGAAGGAGCGGCUGCAGGUGGAGAAGGAGCGGCUGCGGCACCUGGACCUGGAGCACGAACGGCUGCAGCUGGAGAAGGAGCGGCUGCAGAUCGAACGCGAGAAGCUCAGGCUCCAGAUCGUCAGCUCCGAGAAGCCGUCUCUGGAAAACGAACUCGGCCAAGGAGAAAAGGCCAUGCUUCAGCCACAGGACAUAGAAGCAGAGAAGUUAAAACUUGAGAGAGAACGCUUACAACUGGAAAAAGAUAGGCUGCAGUUUUUGAAAUUUGAGUCGGAGAAGCUGCAGAUUGAAAAGGAACGCUUGCAAGUAGAGAAGGAGAGACUUCGAAUUCAGAAGGAGGGACACUUGCAGUGAUGGAGCUCGGUCCCCGUUGAGCCAAUGUGUGGAAACCAUAGAUUUUUCUCUGUAUCCAGUACUAUAAAAACGGUUGCAAGAUGAGCUCUGGGUUUUUUCCUGCUUAAUGUCCGUGUUUUCAAUAGGAAAGAGAUAGUUAAGAGUGGGUUACUGUAUACUUAAGUAGCAUAUUCCAUAAAAACGACGUGCCCUAGCGUAAAUGGUGUAGCAGAAUCUGUUGUGCUGUUCUCUUUGAAUUAGGAAAAUUACAUAGGUCUUGUUUCAUCUGUGCACGCAGAGUUGACACGUCUACGUAAAAUUCUAGCUCAAACUUCUAGCUCGGUGGUUCUCAACAGGGCGGUGGUUUUGACCCCUGGACGACCUUUGGCAACAUCUGGAGACCUUUUUGGUUGUCAGGACGGGGCGUGGGCAGGUUGCUACUGGCGUGGAGUGGGUAGGGGCCAGCAGGCCCAGCCGUGUCCUGCCGUGCACGGCCGGCUCCCCGCCCCCGGAUCAUCCCACACAGCGCAGCAGUGCAGCUGAGGUGGGGAGGCCCUUUCCUGGCCUGACUGUGCGCCUCCAGAGCUUUGGUUUAUAGUUUCAGAGUAUUAAAACCUCAGAUAUUUAAAUGGGUAGUUACUUAAGUGGCCAAAGCCUUGAACUAUGUGACAUUAGUGUGUAGUAUUUUGAACAUAGGGAGUGAUGAAGAUUGUAGGUAUUUUAUCCCCGUGUUUCCGUCUAUAACCUGAGACUCUGAAAACAAUGCAGGGAAUAUCAGAAAUUGUCCAAGAUGGGUCACCUUGAAACGCAGUUCAUUCCUCCAGCUGUUGAUGCUUCCGAAGCCACACACGCUGUGUAGGGUUUAGUUCUCUUUUUUCUUUGAAUUCACGGUCUUAGUUUCGGUAGAAGAAUGGUUAUUUCAACCAGACGUACUGAAAUCUUAAUGUAAGUGAAGGUUGAAGCUAGUAAAAAGGGUACCAAUGUAGAAAUGGUACUGGUAGUCCGUGAGCUUGAAAUCAACCAGUGGUUACUUUUUAAAUAAAUCUUAGCAGCUCUGUGGGCGUGGGGGAGGGGAAGGGGAGAACGUCCUCUGUGUCUGGUGGUGAUGGAGAAGAUGAUAGUAGCUGUGCGUGAAUGGAUUAGGGACGCGCUUGUCACACUGUCUGACCUGAUCUGUAGUAUUGAUUAGUAUUCCUGGGUCUGAGGCUCAGAGGAGGAACACUGAGUGAAAGUCUGUGAUGUAUUUUGUCUCUACCCCUCCCUGAGGACCAAAGUUUGUAUCUUCGGCCCCUGUGGUAUCUGUUCUGAGUCCGAGGGCUUGCUUUUAACCUGGUGGCUCCCCUUCAGUCCCCCGCAGAUGCUGUUCCCACAAUCCAGGUGGUCCCAAUGCACACUAACCUUGAGAAUCGCUGCACGAGAUCACUUUGUAUUUUCUGAUUUCCAGGGCUGACAAUGUAGCUUUAAUCCAUCCUCCUGUUGACAGAUAAACAACCUGGAUUCUGCGUUUGUUCCUUGUUAAUUUAAGAAUGUCUUGACACCAUACGUGAUAUUUGAGUAGGGACCUCUAAGGAGAAAAUAUACUUCUGCUUCGUUACCUUGACUUUGAAAUAGUGUUAUUUUUCUAUAACCGAAAUAAAUGCUUCUACCGUAGAAAUAGCAUUUGCCUAUACUAACUAUCUGAAAGCUUACCGUUCGCAGUGGUCAUCCGCGCUGGGGGGCCUGAGGUUUUUAAGCCGGAACGAGAGCCUCCCCAGUGAGCGCUCCCGUGUGUGGCAAGGCCCUGUGCGGCGCUCUUCCCACAUGAUCUCAGUCGCUCUCCCAAACCACUCUUGGGCUACGGGCCUCACGUUGUCCCUGCUUUUGCAAGAAAGGAAGGAGUGCCUCAUCCACUCAGUGACAUUCCUGAAGAAGGAUAUGCCACAACUGACCCUAAGGAGGGGCAGCGGAAGCCUGCAGGUGCUGCCAGCGGGGCGUGGGCGUUGCUGGGCCCGGACUUCGGGCGCGAAGCCCUUCCAUGCGCCCCGCGAUGGCAUCUCCUCGUCCGUAAAGGGGACACCUCAGCACCUGCGCUGCCUGUGUUCCCAGUUUGCUUUAAAUAGAACGGUAUCUAAACUCUAAAAUGCUGCUUCGGUGCAGGGGGCUGCCGGGUUUAGAUUUAAGAUGAGUCGGUUGUAAGUCCCUAGAAGCAGGCAUGAGGACAGCGAUACUCUUUUUCGGUGGGGCACUCAAGUUCCUGGAAGAGACUGUUGUUUUUAUUCUCCUUCAGCAGCUUCUUGCCCUGCGGGGCCUUGGUGUUCUUCUCCCUCCCCCAGUGUGCGUGGAUUGGGCUGCUUCCCCGCGCUAGAAAACCCGACUGGUGGGUUUCUGAAGGGCAGGCGCACUUGGAACGAGCUCCCCCCGGCCCCCGGGCUUAGCCACGGCCCUGUCCCCACACCGCAGCUCGGGGCUCCUGUUGCUGGUGGUUUUAGAGGAAAUGAGGCUGAGCUCCUUCGGGCGGCUCGGGUCGUGGCCGGGCUCCUCCGGUCUGCAGGUCGGCCAGGGGUUCAGCUUCUGCCGGGUGGGGUGACUUGGCUGGUGCGAGGCGACUCCGCUCUCCGUAUUCGAUCCUCUAACAAAACAGCUUAGGCUUGAUUUUGUGGGGACGGCAGGAAUUCAAAACGGAAGAGCAGAGAUGCUCCAGGUGUCCUGAGGCCAAGGCCCAGCACGGGCACUUCAUGUCCGCCGCAUGGCCUCUGCCAAAACAAAUCACAGGACCAGACCAGAGUCGAGAGCGGAGGAUGGAGUCCACUCUCCACAGAAGGAGCCCUGAUGUGGUUCUGCAAAAGAGGGGGAUACGGGGAGGAGUGAGGAACUGUGGCCAUUUUUAUCGUCAGCUCCAUCUCCAUGCGGGUUUCCUGGGGAUGCUCCUGACGCCAGCGGUCUUGUGGCUUAGCGUAUGUCCUGGACCGAAGUACCCUGGUGUGGAAAUUCAGUUCUACGCUCAUCCUGCUCAUAGGAUGCCCUUUUGUAAAGAUGCUGAGUUAGAAGAAGGAAGGGCCCAUAAAUUUGCAGUAAAAGAAAAGUAUUCUCUCAGGCUUUUUCUUGCAGAUUAAACAGUCUUUGUAACUUGAGAAUUCUUGCUUCUCUUCGCUCAUUUCCUACCUCAUUUGUCCAUUUUAUACUGCUUUGCUUCUCCCCUCUUUUCAUUCCUCUACCUCUUCAUGCGUCGUCACUUCUAUCCUGAAUAGAAAAUCAGAUCCUAGUGCUCUGAGAGUAUUUUAUUUUAAAUUAAUAGCUACCUUUUCCUGUCUCUCUGACCUUCACUAUGUUUUGUUUGUUUCAAACUCAAACAUUUUUCCCUGGGUCGCUCUGCAUGUGCUCAAACAUUCUCCCUCCCCAAAAGUAAAUUUUUAAAAUUGUGUGACUUAAUUUGUCAAGGCUUUCUAGUCGCUGUUCUCCGACCACAAGUUGUACCUUCUACAGCUCCCAGAAUACUAACCGCCUGUUUGCUUUUCCAAUCUGUAACUUCUUUCCGAUGUAUGUGCUCCUUUAUACACAUACCCACCAGGUGCGGUUUUAGGCAGUGCCUUCAUUAAAACCCAGAGGAGAACGGUCAAAUGUAUCACUUUGAAGUAUACAUAUCAGAAACGGUUUAGCAUACGUACAGCUAGAAGACAACCAAAGAAGACCUAUCCUGGGGGGGGGGACAUGCUAAAUUGGUUGAAGUCUCGAGAGAUUAAUUUACCACUAUCCAGAGGGGCAUCGCGACCCUGCUGUUUGAACUGAGAUCAGUGAGACGUGAGAAAAAAUGAUGAUUACACCGUUUGAAUUUUGAUAAAGAAGUUCUGAGAAGAACUUUCUCAAUGAAUUUCUUCAGGAAACACCCUUUUUUUUUUUUUUUUAACCAUUUAUUUUCCUGAUGUGACCCAUUCACCUUUAAAAAAAAAAUGAGUAGGUUGAAAUACAAAGUCCAUCUGCCGCCUCCAACCUCCCGGGUCGUCCUUAGUGUGGUACCAUUUGCUGUCAAUUCCAGAGCUUCCUGCGUCCUUCUUCCUUUCUAAUCCUCCCUGCACGACAAUUCCAGAAUAGAUUUCCCCAAGCACUGCUUUCAUUGCGUCCUGAGAAUUAGCAGGACGUGAAGUCAUGGAAGACGAGGGUUCUGGAAAGACCCCAGGUCCGGUCUCAGCGCUACUUUAUCAGCUGGGGCGUGGCGGGCCGACAGUGUGUCUGAGCCUCAUUCUUAGUAUUAUAUUAAUCAGCUUAAAGCUAGAAAUCAGCUCAAAGAUUUUAGAAAUUUGUCUUCCCUCUCACGAGUUCCCCCCAUUCCUUCUGAGUCAAGUGUAAUGUCCUCAAAUGUUCUUUGCCCUGGUUAAGAUGUUCUCCUACCCACAUCACUAAAAUAUGCUUGUCAAGCUGCUCUCCAAAUACUUCAUGCAUUUCCUCCCCCUUUACCUUCGAUCAUGUUGCUUUCACCCUUGACCUUUUCAUUUUCUAUCCCAGAGUGACCAUCAGCAGAGCAAAGCUUUUUCAGAUCCAGGGACUUUGUCAUUUCCAUCGCUCUCUACCAUAAUUUUAAAAUAACCAAAACUAAUUUCACUGAAUAAAAUUAGAAUAUUUUAUCAUAUAAAAAAGUAGUAUCUUCAUGUCUUCCAAAGUCUCCCUGAAGUCCUUUUGAGUUAAAAUGUUAAAACGUCAGGGCGCCUGGGUGGCUCAGUCGUUAAGCGUCUGCCUUCCGCUCAAGUCAUGAUCCCGGGGUCCUGGGAUCGAGCCCACAUCGGGCUCCCUGCUCCGCGGGAGGCCUGCUUCUCCCGCUCCCGCUCCCCCUGCUUGUGUUCCUGCUCUCGCUAUUUCUCUAUCAAAUAAAAAAAAAAGUUAAAACGUCAGUCCGCCCAGCUAUGACCCCUCCACCGCCUGUCUGAGAAGUGCUCCCUAACCACAGAGCAGGCGCUGGUGGCCAAGUGUGUCCAGGGACUUUGUUCCUUGGGCCGCAUCGUACACAUGCACGCCAGGAGUAGACCUGGCUUGGCCUUGCGGUCUCCGAGCUGACGCUACCACUUGGAGGAUUCUCUUUCCCAUUGAAGAUGACCUGUGUCCUGACCCAGAGCUCAUGUUGCUUUUGAUGGCUCUGCAAACGAACAGGUUGAUAAAGAUUUUCAUUCUGACGUACUUGCUGUGUAGAUGCCCUAAACAUCCUCCACUUCAUCCCAAGCGCGCGGCUAAAACGUUAGCACAUUUGAUGUGGGCCAAGACAUGAGAGACUGCUUUAGUAAAAAAGCACUGCGUAGGGUAACCAAGAUGGAACUGGUAAUAUUGGUAACAUCUGGGACAGAUAUCCACUUGUUAAAAUACACAUAAUAAAUUGUGUAUUCUGUUUUUCUAAAUACCCCCAAGUGGGUAAUCUUACUGCCCUGAUACAGCUAAGCUAGUCUGUACUGAAAAGAAGGGGACUCUGGGCUCUUUUACUAUUGUGAUCCAAGGACUGGACCAGGAAUGUGAAAAUUUUUAAUUUUUUAAUCUUCCUGGGUUUACUGAUUAUUUUUUUCCAGAAAUCACUGUAUCUCUCAUCUUCACAGUCCAAGGAGGGUUAACUUGACGUCACACUGUAGGAAUAUCGAUGAGGGGCUGAAGCCUAUCCACAUAUCCCAUUCUCCUGCGACAGUGGUCGGUUCAAAUUCAGGCACAUACCCAUUCAGAGCCAAUGUGUUUGUUGGACCUUCUGUGAAAGAUAAGCUUCCAUGCUUCCUAUUGACAUCUUAGCUUCCCCAUAAAGAUGAGCUGUCUGGACAGGUUUUAGAGCUGUUUUGGCUACAUGGAGGGUGCAGUUGGGAAGUCCCUUAUGGAGCCUAUCAGGGAAGGCUGAAUAGAGAGCGUGAAUUUGAGUCCUUGAGGAUGUUAUUUGAACUGCUCGAUCAAACCUUACCUGUUACUGGAGAUGAUUCUGUAUUUUCAGCCUCACAAAUCAAUGAAUUUCUCCCUGUUCCGCAUUUUCUUAGAUUCUGUGAUUUGUCCAUUGGGCCUCCCUUCAUCACAAGGUCAAUUACAUGAAUCAUAUCUUCUGAUUGUCUGUUUUCUUCAUGCUCUGGCAUUUGUCACCGAUCUGGGGAAAGACUGUUCCUCCCAGGACUAGCCGGUUCUUAGGGGUUGUGCAGGCCUGGAGGAUGCCUUUCACAUGCAAACCAGCCGAUGCCUAGACCCCCAGGACCCCCUUUAUCAAACUCACACAGGCCAAGCUAAUAUUCCCGCCUACCUGUAAUCAACCCAGUGUCAGGUACCAGACAGCUAGAGCCAGCCCCUACAGCGUAGAUCCUGCGCCAUAUUCAGUCUGGCCAAUCCUAAACUGUUGCCCUGCCCUGCCUCACUUUCCCCACAGAAACUCCCCCAGGAGCUCCGGCCUUGGCUUUCUUGCUGCUUUCCCUGCAGCCCUGUGUGGUGGGGCGUCAAAUGCCAUUACUAAAAGCCUCUCGGUGUCAUUGGCCACAGUCAGGCCUCGAUAAAUUAAAUCCUGGGUUUAAUUUUAAAGAUUUUAUUUAUUUAUUUGAGAGAGAGAGACAGAGAGAGCACAUGAGAGGGGGGAGGGUUGGGAGGGUCAGAGGGAGAAGCAGACUCCCCGCCGAGCAGGGAGCCCGAUGCGGGACUUGAUCCCGGGACUCCAGGAUCAUGACCUGAGCCGAAGGCAGUCGCUUAACCAACUGAGCCACCCAGGCGCCCCAAAUCCUGGGUUUAAUUUUAGAACACCCCCCACCAUCACCUUGUCGGGGGGGUUAAGUCAUUUGAGUUGGAGUUUCUAGGACUUAAAACUGAAAGAGUAUGGACUUAGGUAGCCAAAUAGAGAAAAAAGUAGGUCAACCCAGGGGUCUUCGCAUCCCAUAACCGUCCAUGCCCUUCUUUUUUAUUAGGCUGCUGUCUGUUCUUCUCUACCCUGCUUCUCUCCUUUAUUCUGUCCCCCUCUCUCUUUCCCUCCCUCCCUCCAUUCAGUAUUUAAGUCCUCUGCGGGCAUACAUGUUACAUGGCCGCGCGAGACAGCUCCUUCCCUGCGUGGCUGACAGCGAACGCAUCUGGCGGAGACACACGAUCUGACAGAACACGGACAGGACUUAGUGGGGUCUGAGAACGGAGGACCACCUUUUCCUGAGCGCGGGUCAAGAGAAGCUUCAAAGAGGGAGUGACCCCUGAGAGGAGUCCUGGGUCGAUUUUGUCACCCAAGUCACAAACAGAAGAGAGGAGUUUCCCAUCAGAAGGCACUCCUUGGACAGACUCAGAAACAGCGUGGUCGUGCUUGGUGUGGGCAAGAGACUUUCUCUGGCUGGUGCUGGAGCCCAGGACAUGGCACUCCCUUGGUGCCCCAAAACUUUCAGGAAUUGACACAUGAUAUUUUAAUGUCAUAUUUUUAAAAAUAAAAAUUAAUGCAAAAAUGCUUGAUAAGCAAGAUAUCAAAAUUUGAAAAUUAAAAAAAUGAAUAUAUUGAAAUUCAAAAAUGGCACCAUGCAAAAGGUGUUUCAGUAAGCUGAAGUUCAUUACCAAUUAUUUAAGAUCUGUCCUUAGCCAAAAAAAAUUGUCAAAAAUGUCAGUUCUCUCAAUUGAAAAGAAGUGGAUUUUGAAAGUAUUAUUGAGGAGUCUGCUUCCCUUAAACCAAGAAAGUAAAAAAAGAUAAUUUUGUUUUAAUACAAAGUAAUUAAACGUAAAUGAAUGCUUUGGGUUUUAAUACAUCUAUUUUUGAAAUUUUCAAUCACCUUAAUAUUCUGCAAUAAAGCUAACCAUUAAACAUAAAAAAAUGUAUAAAGGGACAUAUUUUUUUCUUUAACCUUGAGGUCUUAGAUGGUUUGGCAUGCAACUCUAGAUCUUAUCUUUAAAUUUUUGAUACAUUUUACAAACAUCUUGAUGUUUAAAAAUAUUUAAAAUGUUAUUUACCUUGAUUAUUGACUUUUCAGCUCCCCCUUAAAUUUCACUCUUGCAGCAAAUGCCUCAUUGACCUCAUUGGCCUGGAAGAGAAAUUCGAUUCCUUUAAAGAAAUAACUUAUUCUUAAUGUUCAACCCCAUUAUAAAUGCUUUUUGAAUGAGUAAAUGGUUUAAAAUGGUAAUGGUUCACUGAGACUGCCCACUGUGGUCUAGAAAUAUAACCAACUGUGUUAGAAAAACUCGGUAGUGUUCCUUCCAUGUGUCUCUCUACUCCUCACGUAGAACCCUUCUGACGCAUCUGGUUACCAAAUGUGUGGGUUCUUUCCCCACAUCUAGCAAUUCUCCAUGGCACCCAACGCUGAGCCAACCGUGUCAGGUCCCACAGGUUCAGGGCGGAUGCCCACGAAGCUGCUCCCACCCCACUUCGGACACCCACAGCGAGGAGGUCCCCAGCUACCCACCCCCUCCGUUGGUUUGGGCGACAAAUCAGAGGUUCCCAUGAACUUCUCCUCCUUGGAUUCCAUUCCUUGCUAAGCUGCUCACAGAAAUCAGGGCGAGCACGUACUUACGUUUAUUGGUUUAUUAAAAGCUAUGAUACAGUUUACAGAUGAACAGCCGGAGAAGGAUGCCUGGAGCCCGGUCGGGGAGGGUCCCGGGUGCAGGAGCUCCUGUCCCUCCCGGAAGGUGGCUGUGUUCCCUGACCCGGGAGCUCUCGGAACCCCUUACUUCUGGGAUCUUCCUCAAUGUAGUCCCACCCGGCCGCCCCUGCACAGCUGCAUCCCAGUGGACGCCCCGCCCCGCUCCCCGCUCCCCGCUUCUCUGCCUCCUGGGGCGGCAGGUGCGACUGCUUCCUGAGCACCAGGCCCCUGCCGCCAGCCAGCAAGCUAGCAUUCUCCUGGGUGCAAUUCAGCAGCCGCCAGAGGCAGGCACGUUUCCCUUCACCUCACAGCCCGCAGGGUGAGACUUCCCCAAUAUUCCGUCCUCCCAUCGCCUCAAGCAAAACUGUAGUCCGUCUUGGGCGAGAAAUUCCUGCAGAGGUAGGGGACGUGUGCUUCAGCCCCUUCUCCAGAAGCAAGGUUGUCUUCAUGCCACGGAGACGAAAAGAUUUGCUGGCCCUGCUCAGGACCCUGCGACUUUUGAUUUGUAGAAGAGAGAGGUCUGGCAGUGAGGCAGGGCAUUUCGAGGGUGUCCGCGGCCCCCAGCCCCGCAGGUGCUGUCCGCCUCAUGCCCACCUGCUCUAUCCAUCAAGGGGAUCUCUGUCCGGCCUUCCGCUCUUCCCUGACCCCCUUCUUCGAAACGCUCAGUUGAGGACCAUGAAAAAAGCCUUACAAGUGAGUUCAGAUUCUCUUGGUCCAGUAUCCUCAGCUAUUUCCACCUGCAUCCUAGCCACACUUGGCCCUUAAGAAUCUGUUAAUAUUUCAGCUCGGUUCUUGCCCACAAUGUCACGGUCACUGGUGCACCAUCCCCUCUCUCCUGAAGACGGGAAACUAUUUGUGUAUCCCAUUUCUCCUUGAAGGCACGUGUCCUUCUGUGGAAUUCAGUUUACUUGAGCAGCUUUCUGAGUCACACGAGAGAAGUUAAGACUGUGUAGAUUAUUUGGCUUCCGAGAAAAUAACUUUUUUUUUCUCCCUUCAGCUUUCUAUUUCCUAGGCAGAAGCAGAAGCCCAAGGCUACAGAGAUGAAUUAAGUGUAGUUUUGUUUACAGGGCUCCCACUGAGCUCUGG